AUGUCUCAUCAUGGCCAGAUUCAAGACCCUGACAAUCGUGGAGGAAUUAGACAACGCACCAUUCGCCGCAGCAUCCAAAAGCAAAGAGAGAGGCAGAUGAGCGACUCUGCCACGGACGCUGACGUUGACGACUCGGCUGAUGCGAGAUUGGCCGAUAGCAUUGUUCUUAGGACUAGCACCAUUGCUGCAGCUAAUCCCACAUGGCUCAACAAAUGGACUAGCAAUCCUCUUCUUGCGAUUUCAUGCAAUCUUCUGGAUCCGUUCGAUACCCUUUGUGAAAGUCCUAUAAGACUGCAGCAGCUACUAAGACAUCCAUCAGCCAAGUCUGUUGGGGAACCGCUGUUCCGGAUUGAUGAACAUACCAAUUAUGUUCUAUUUCAGAGCCUUCAUAGUGAAGCUAGUUCCAUGCCGUUGUUGGCUGACAAGGCAUCAUUCCAUGCUCUAUCGCUUCUGUUAGCCUUAGCAGCAAACAGCCACAAGCCAAAUUAUGAGACGAUGUAUCACCGCGGCCAGGUGCUUGAGCCUCUUAACUUGGACCUAUCCCUUUCUGAUGCCGGCGUACCGUCACUACAAACCAUCACCGCUAUCCUUAUGUUGAUCAGUUACGAAUACCGGGUCCAAGACACCAUGCCUGUUCCCACCAAUGCUGCUACUCAUAUCCGUGGCCUUCAAAGUAUAAUCAAUCAACGUAGUAUUUCCACCAGCGGACAUAACCACGCGCGCAUCAAACAGAUUCAGCGUGCCUUGUUCUGGCAGGACAUAAUCUGCUCCCUAGCAACUGGUACUCCUCGACUCUUGCAGCUAGACAACCAUGAUUUCUUUACUCGCCUGCGGGAGGACCAGACGUAUCGUAGCUACUUCGCUUUGCCGCAAGGCUUCAAGAUACAUGCUGAUGGGUGGCCUGCAACAUCCUCUACCGUCUUCGAAGAUCUCAAUGCGAUGUGUCGCCUUGUGGAUAGAAUACACGGGCAAGAAAUAACUACACUCCACCCAGACCACGAUGUGGUUUCAAUACCGCUGAUGGAGGACCUAGAUGACGAGGGAUACCCAGUAUACAACAGCCAAGCCGACCUGGAGAUUCGACUCGUGGACCUUCUCAGCAAAACAGCAAGAGGUGGUACUCAGAAACAAGAAGACCUUAUCUACAGGGCGUGUCUUUUUGCAGCAUAUCUCUGUACAUACAGGCUUUCCUCAGGAGUUUGGGCAGGUCACUUUGCGCCGGAGAUAUGCGUCACCGAGAUACUCAAUUGCAUGACAGCCUUCACAAGACACAUGUCGCCAUGGAAUUUUGCGCCAAUCAUCUCAUUAUGGUUGCUACAUGUGGCUGGUGGUCUGACAAAGAGCCAGCUUCAUAGGGACAAAGCAGCAGUGUUGGUGAAGCGGUAUCGAAGCUUCUACUCAUCUGGCUAUAGUUUGGACUGGGAAGUAGUCAAGUUGAAGCUGAAGGAGUUUAUAUGGUGUGAACGUGCAAUGGCGAAACCUCUUAACAAUUUCUGGCAACAAUGCUAA